UGAUCAUCUCUGCGAUGUUCUGAGUGGAGAACGAAAAGGGAUUUUGUAGAGAAAAAGAUAAAUCGAUUUGAUAUGGGUUUUAUCAUGAUUUUGAAAACAAAUUAAGAGAGGGAAAAAAGUUUGAAAAUUUCGAUGUUGGGCUAAAACUUGUGUGUUCGUUUACCGUUCCAACGUUUUGUAUGGUCGUUUGUCUGAAAUGGAACUACUUAUUCUCUUAAAGAUUUUGAGACCAAGCAAGUUACAUAUGUUGUGGGAAGCUAGCUAGUUUGGUUCUUUAAAAAGUUAUUGUGGUUGUUAACUUUGAGAAAAAAAAAGAAAGAAUCUUAUUGUAUCCUGUUAAGAGUGUGUCAUCUGAUGUAAUUUUUUUGAGCAAAUUUCUCUUUUCUUUGUCAAUUUCUUCUCUUGGUUGCUUCCUUGUGCUCCAAUCUUGAGUUUAGAUUAUUAGUAACUCUAAUGCAGGUCAAAAUGCUCUAACUUUAAUAACCUGUACUUUUACAGCUUUAUAAUCAUUCAUUAGUCAGAUCUGAUUUGUUAGGCUAUGCAAGUUAUUGAGUAGCUAUGUGGUUUUCGAUGUUUGUUUGUAUGUACCAAAGGAAAAGGCUCUUUUUUUAUGUGAUAUGUAUGAUUCCUCAGGUGGUGAAGAGAGAUGAAGCGCAUGUUUUCAGAAGUAGAAAUGUGUCGGGACGUGGCUAUACCUGCCAAACAAUUGAAGAAGGGCCAUUCGCCACGACACCAGCAGAUUCUAACGAGACUACUCCAAGAUCUGCUCCACGAGAAAGCAUGCAGGGAACACGGGUUCUAUCUCGCCAUCACCGCCUUAAAAAGCAUCGGUAACAUCAACAGCACCACAGACGAUGACAAUCCUCAAGCAGACGACGUCCUCACAUUCCCUGUCUCCUUCACAUGCCGCACAUUCUUGCCUGCACGAGGAAAUAUCAUGGUAGGGACCGUAAUGAAAGUAUUGUUUAACGGUCUUAACGGAGGAGCUGCUCCAGCUGUUUUGAUAAGCUCUGGUCCACUCAGAUACGCAUACUUAUCAUACUUGAAAAUGCCGGAUUACCAUUUUGUCCCGCCAAACUUUGAGGAGGAGGAGGAGCCGUGCUUUCAGAAAGAUGAUCUCACCAAGAUUGCUGUUGGCGUUGUUGUGCGGUUUGUGGUCUUGGGACGUCGGUUUAAGGUGAGUCCAGAGAAAAGAAGAACCGAUGUUUACGUUCUGGCCUCUGUGGAAGGUGAUGAUACACUUGGUCCUGUCUCUCUUACAGGCUGCGAUAGGCCUUAUAUGUGAUUGUUACCAAUGUUGAACGCUUUUGGGUUUCCAAGUUACUUUCAGUCUUCUUGUUAGUUGUUUAGUAUAGGUUACUAGGUGAACGAACACAUCACUCAUUAAUUAAUGUACACAAAAGUUUCUCUCUUUCUUUCAA